AUGUUUAAUAACACACCGUGGGAAGGAUGGCCUCAUUCACUACAAAUUGGCGUAGCGCACAUCGAACAAAUCUUUUCCCAACACAUCUAUCCUCCAAGAUGCAUAAACGAUCGCGUGCCAACACCGCGGGGUGACACGCUUCUUGCAACGCCAGAAUCGCUCCUUAAGAGUAUUGCUUCCAUCACACUUGAAGCUCGCAACGACUUGGGGACCAAUCCAAAUCUAGAUCCCUUCGCAUUGGUGCUCCUGGAUGGGUGUGAGGAUGCAGAUCUAGCACUAUAUCCCGAUGAUAGCAAUCAUAAAGCCAAUGAGACGUAUAGGGAGCACUCGUUUAGCAAAACGCACCCACAAUAUAUAGCAACAGCAACAGGAUAUGACUUGAUUCUUCUGCCUAAUGGCAAUUUCCAUCCCACCGCUCCUGGGGCUGAAUUUUCCCGUACAAGCUUCACCCACCACAACUUUGAUUCACUAGAGAAAGAUAUAAAGAAAGGUAUAAAUUAUAUCCUUGGUGAAAUUAUCAAGUAUUGGCCGUGUAUGGAUGAUGAGGAAGUUGAGAAGCACCGGCUUUCUCUCGUUACAGGCUAUUCGUUCUAUCAAGAAAUUCUCCGCCUCCACCUCCAACGCUUCAAGAACCUGGAGCUACAUGGUAAACAGGUAUCCCCACAUGACCUCCGAGCUGCUGGGACGUUCGGCUUUGUCAAACUUUGGGACAUAUUUGAGGGUGGCACACGAAUCCUAGGUCCAGAGCGGACGGCUCUGAUGGAUCAAAUUUUAUCGAUGUUCUUCCAGCUGGCUCAAAAGCAUUUGGCUGACACUGCCCCUGCGCCGAGCAUUGCUUUUUCUCAAGUCAAAGCCGUCCCGGUGGAAAUUAGAACUGCAAUUGAGGACUCUAGAACCCAACGGAAUGAGAUAGCUAUUGCUCAAUACCUUGGGGAGUUAGCAUACCGCAAUGCAGAAUGGAUUGGGGUGCCCGGAGAUGUUACCACCACCAUGAGGAACAAAAUUGUUGUCGAGUCCCAGGAGAUUCUGGAACUUGGGCUAUCUAGCAAUGCUUUCAAACCUGAAGACAUCAUUCUUGUUGACGGUAGCUGGAUGCGUAUCAAGAAACCCACCAACGGACAGCGUCGGAGUGUCAUUCUGUGGGCGAAGGAUCAUGCGAAUGACACGAGCCCAACUGAGGCUAAGAUUUUUGGUGCGGUUAUUUAUAAUGCGCACGAAGAGACAAGUUUCGCAAGCGAACAUACACAAGAACGUGUUCAACUUGAGAUGCGUGCUAUGAUGCAUGACAUUAGAACGCGCGAGAAUUGCAAGCGUGGAAUGAUGAAUUAUGGGACACUCGUAAAAUCCUCUCUGGGAAUGGCUGUUACAAAUGGCCUGUUGAAUCAGCCAGAAAUCCAGGUCGCCAAAAUUCAUGAAAACGCACAAGCCAGGACCAUUGUCAAGCACCAGGUGCAAUCAUCCCUUAGAAUAAGCAUACAGACUGCUCGCCCAAUCAUACAGGCAUGCAACUUUGCAUUUCUUCAAGGGUUUCUCCCUCAUUUUGCUAAGGAGCAAUUGGCAAAGGCGACUGAGGCACACUUGCUUAACCGUUAUGGGGUUCCAAAUACGCAGGCAUUUGCAUCAUAUGGCUACUGUGCUGCAAUGCACACUGACCGUGAUGAUUCAGUUACUGUAGGAUGGAUUUCGGCCCGCUCACACAAAGUCCUUGAUGAUGAAUCCAACUUUGUGUAUGCUGAAUUCAAGAUCAUUCUUGAGCUAGAUGUCAAUACCCAUUUUAUAUGGAAUGCCCCCAAUGAUUUGCACGGCACCACAAUGAAUAGGGUGUUUUCGAAGCAGCCAAAGUCUUGGAAAACAUUUACCCGGACACUGGCAAAUGCUGAUCUUGCUCAGUGGUCACGGGCCAAUGUCCUGACGCAUAAUGCAGUUAGCAGUGGACUGAAGAGCGGUGGAGAUCAAUAG